GACAGAGCAAAGGUAGCCAGGGAGGAAGAGCAGAGACCACGGUGCCCCGUGGUGGGGUCUGCUCUCCACACCCCCGGCCAGGCUUUCCCCACCAGCACUCUGGAUUUUAUCCGGCUGUGAAGCCAUGGACGUGCCCAGGACUAAGGUUGGCAUUUUCCCGGCUGUCAUCCCAGGGAUCUCUCUGGCUGUCACUUGGGGUAGAGCUGGGUGACAAGGACGAGCUGGCCCGCGUGUCCACCACGGAAGGAGCUCCCUGUGCUGGGAACCAGCUCAUCUCCAGAGGCGGCUGACACAGGGGACCUGCUGAAUGAAGCCAAGAGGAGCUGGGUGAGCAACCCCCCAGGCUCUGCAUGGAUUGGAAUGGGGAAACCUGCCUGCAGUAAGAACCCAGGGCAGCUGGAAAACCCCGGCUUCUUCCUCCGAGCUCUCUUCCUCCUCCUCUUCUGCAGGCAUGUUUCUUCCCAGUGCAAGAUCCUGCGCUGCAACUCGGAGUACGUGGCUGCCACCCUCCACCUGCGCGGCCCCGGCCGGAUGGCAGCGUACUGUGACGCCCUCCGCUCCUACUCCCACUGCACCCGCAAGACGGCUCGCACGUGCCGGGGUGACCUGGCCUACCACUCUGCCGUCCAUGGCAUCGAGGACCUCAUGAUCCAGAACAACUGCUCCAAGGAAGGUCCCACGUCACCGCCCCGACCCCGGCCCCCGGCCCCCAACCACCAGGGCCUUGAGUCUCUCGAUAUCUGCAACUACGAGAAGAGUUUUCUCUACAAGCAUGGCCAACCCCCCACCUACCAGCACUGCGCAGCUUUCGGGGACCCCCACAUCCGCACUUUCCACGAUGACUUCCACACUUGCCGGGUGGAGGGUUCCUGGCCUCUCUUGGACAAUGACUACUUGUUUGUGCAAGCAACCAGCUCGCCAGUGGCGAAGGGCUCCAAUGCUACCGUCACCAGCAAGCUCACCAUCAUUUUCAAGAACAUGAAGGAAUGCAUCGACCAGAAGGUCUACCAGGCUGAGAUAGACAACCUGCCGGCGGCCUUCGAGGACGGAUCAGUGAAUGGGGGGGAGAGGCCGGGCGGCAGCAGCUUGGCCAUCCGGGAGCGCAGCCCUGGGCGGCACGUGGAGAUCCAUGCGGAAUACAUUGGCACCACCAUCGCUGUCCGCCAGGCUGGCCGCCAGCUCUCCUUCUCCAUCCGGGCGGCUGAGGAGGUGGCCCGUGCCUUCACGGAGGAGCAAGACCUGCAGCUCUGCGUGGGCGGCUGCCCCCGCAGCCAGCGCAUCUCCCGCAGCGAGUGCUGCCGCGGCCGCACAGCGGCCGAGACAGCCCGGGCACUCUGCAAGGAGAUGUUGCCUAUAGAGGACGUCUACUUCCAGUCAUGUGUCUUCGACGUGGUGACCUCGGGGGAUGCCAACUUCACCAUGGCAGCUCACGGGGCCCUGGAAGACGCCAAGGUCUUCCUUCCCAAUGCUGAGAAACUGCACAUCUUCCAGGCUGGGGGAGGCUGCCCGUGUGUCUCUUCUUCCUUCCUCUUCCUUCUCCUCCUCACCUCUGGUCUUUGGGUUGUUUUAUUGCACUUUUAGCUCUUGUUGGUGUUGCAUACAGCACAGGGGACACAGCCAGCCAGCCCAGAGGGGUAACCCAGGAGAGCUGCUGACUCCAGGCCAAGAUCAAGAGGGAUGCCUUGACUGGGAUGAUGUAUCUCUGUGGCGAUAAAGAAUCAGAGAUCCAGACCCCUGGAGAGGGGAGCACUGGAGAUGAAAGACACUGAGACACUGGUUUGCACCCACUGUUCUUGCACGUACGGCACUGAUUGAACCUGGUUCCUCUCCUGAAGGCAGAUCACAAGUUUUUCUGGUGAAUUCUGCUACAUUUCUUUUUUUUAUAAAGAUGAGGACAUUGCAAACAUAUCAAAGGAAAGAAACACACAGGGUGAAGACACGUUUAGAAAACCUCUCUGCCCUUCAAGCCUUUCCAUAAACUCGCUUUACACCUUUCUUCCAGUGUUACUACAGCAGACUUUUACUCAGGAACCCUACAGAUUCAGACAUAACAGGCCUAAAACCCUGAUCCCAAUUUUUAGCAGCCAAAAAAAAUGUUUUUUGGUGGAUUGGGGGCCCCUCGACCCAGCUGCUACCAAAGGAAUGCAACAGGGAAGCAAGGCAAUAAGUUGUUUAUCGGCAUGUUGUGACCAAGGUUUGAGAUUUCUGAGCUAGAAAUCAGCAUGUCGUACUGUAUUCUCCUCUCUCUCGAGCAGUAACGUGCUAAUUCCAGCUUCGGGAGCUGCAGAGCAUCAGGUCUCUGACAUUUCAGGCUACCGUUGCUAUUUUUCCUUGCUCUCCUGGCACCUGUCCAGGACCUGAUAUAGCCAGUUCUGCACUCUGGACCAGCAUUGAGUUUCACGGAGGAAAAAGACUCCUUGGUAUUCCUCUCCCUUGGGCCCAGCAUCCUCUGCCACUGUCACAACCCCCUUCAAAUCCAACCCUGACUGUGGGUUUCGCUUGCGAAAGGGAACUAAUAAUGAAGCCGCGGAGCUGGCAAAAAGCCAUAUGAUGGUAUCAAUGGGCAGGGGAGCCAUUAGCAGAGGUACAGAAACACAGAAGUGAGGCCAAGUUAGAUGUUUAAUAUAUUUAAGAGGUUUUAAGUAAAGGAGAUAGAGUAUAUGAUAAGAAAUAUUUUCCAUAUGCAAAGACUUUUUUCUUUUUUUUUUUUAAUAAAGAGGGCUCACAUUGAAAACUUUGCCAUUCCUGCCCCAGAAGAGCCUUGCAAAACCUUGUGGAGGCAGAGGUUGAGCUGGCAGACCUAGGCAGGAUUUCGGCGUAAAGCUCGGGGAAAGAGAAUUGCAGAUCAUCCAGGUACGGAGUAUCUGCCAAGCUGUAAAGGGAGGUUUUACAGUUCAUGUCUCAGUGUAUCCGCAGUUUCUUUUGUCAGUUUUUUUUCUUCUGGCUCUUCUGCCGAGGGCACAAAGAGUAAAUACGGAAACGUUUCUUCGAUAUCUCAGCAUAUUUCCUCCUCCAACAGGCACUCAAGGCACAUGGUGACUAGCAUGAGAGUUUCUCUGUUUCUUGUGUGGUGCUCUCGCUAAUCCCUGAACGUUUUGACAUUAAAGGUGUCUAUUUUUGAAGUCCUCA